AUGGGAUUGUUGGGAGCCAUAGGCUUUUCCUUAGCCUUGGUAUCUCUAACUCAGAUACCUCAUAGUGCAGCACAGGGUACCUCGACUGAGAAGGAUGUCUAUGGUCUGCUGCCAGGAACUGACUAUAAAGUGACUCUCAAACCCUUCGUGUUCUACUUUGCGAUGUGUGUUUCUACAUAUGAGGCGUCCACAGUGCCCGACACAGCGCAGAUAAAGAUUGGCAAGCCACUGUCGAGUACUUCAGUCAGGGUGGAGUGGACUGUGGUUCCCUCGGCGUCGCGCUACUACCUUCUGUUGUACCAGGCCACAGGACCGGUGGUCAACAUGACCUCCACCGACACCAGUGCUGUGGUGCGAAACCUGAAGCCCUCCACCAACUACGACUGCUACGUCUUCACAGCUAACAAGGCCGGCAUGGGGAGCAAAAGCAAAAAGAGGACCAUCACGACCUUGGUGCAGCCCCCGACGGGCCUCACAGCAACAUCCACCGGCCUGGGAACAGCCAGGGUCACGUGGCAGCCGGUGAAGGACGUUCUGAUAUACCAUUGCACCGUCCAGGAAAUUGAUGAACCCAACAUCCGACCCGCCUCGUACAACGUCUCAGACACUAAGCUGGAUGUUCAAGGCAUCCUCCCAUGCUCCACCUAUCUGAUAUCAGUGUCCUCAUUCAACAAGUUUUUGGUGCCGAGCGAGUCCACAGAACACACAUUCUCCACCAACAAGCUGAGACCAGUUUCAGAAGUUUCCGUAGAAUACGCCUGCUCGCCCCAAUCUGCCACGGUGCAAUGGUCGGCCGUGUUUGGGGCCGACUCCUACAAGGCCUCUGCGAUUUGUGAAAACAGCACGGAGCUGACGUGCACCAGUGUGAGCACCAGCUGCCAGAUCACCGGAAUGAGCUGUGGCCAGAGCUACGACGUGCACGUUACUCCUAUGUCAGAGAACUGCAAGAACAAGAUGAACGCCACCUCGACCAAUUUUCAGACAGCUCCCUGUCCUCCCAAGAACCUGCAGCUGGAACGAGAUUGUUCCAGCACGGGCAUCGCCUUUUCCUGGGAUCACACAAACAAUACAGAACACUACAGGGCCAAGUCAGUGGACUCCGAGGGAUUGGUCCAGGAGUGUUUGACUGAAUACAACACAUGUUAUUUCACACAAACAGUGUGUGGGCGACAGUAUCACUUCACAGUGUACUCCGUCGGAGAGCAUUGCAACAGCGAGAUUAGUUCUACAGUUGACGUUCGCACAGCACCUUGUAUUCCCCAGAAUAUACAAACCUCAGCCGACUGCAACUCAGAUGUUCUGCUCAGCAAGUGGGACCUCGCCGAGGGGGCUUUACGUUACACUGUGGAGGCUUUUGGCAACAGGGAAAAAGACAACUACUACAACUGCACCUCACAUUCCAACAGCUGCGCUAUACAGGGCAUCAAGUGUGGAGAGUACUUGACCAUCUUCAUCAAAGCUUUUGACGACGAAUGUGCCAGUCCAAAGACGCUGGCGCCUGUGGCUGAGACAGUCCCAUGCAUUCCUCAGAAUGUCACAGCCGUGAAGGAAUGUGGAGCCGACUCCAUCACGGUAACCUGGUCAAUGUCCGGCAGUGCGCUCUUCUACGUCGCCAUGGCGAUGGACAACUAUGGCGUCAUUCACAGCUGCAACGCCAUGGAAUUGAUGUGUAAUAUCAAGGGGAUGAAGUGCAGCACCAGCUACACAGUGUACGUCAUCUCCUCCAACUUCUUUUGCAACAGCUCUGUGAGCGAGAUGAUCCCCAUAGAGACAGCUCCUUGCCCAUCGGACCAUAUUACUGCCUCUCUGGACUGUGCAGCCAACGAGGCUCUGAUUUCGUGGCGCGGUCGGCCCAAUAUUAUGUCCUACACCGCCACCAUCUUGGAUGAAAACCAAGGGCUCCUCAGCUGCAGCAACACUAAUACCAGCUGCAGAAUACCCAACCUGAAAUGUGGCCAGCUCUACACUGUCACGGUCAGCCAACACGAUGGCAUGUGCCCCAGCAUGCCCUCUGAGGCCAUCCACAUGGAGUCUGUUCCUUGUGGGCCCAAUGUGACUGCCGAUUUAGACUGCAGGUCACAGGUACUGACCCUCAGCUGGGAUGCAACAAGUAAUGCAGAAGGCUACACAACGGUGGUUUCAAACAACAAUGAGACAGAGACCUACAUCAACACGGAGCCCGGGCUGAUGCUCAGCACACUGGAGUGUGGACUCGAUCAUAAACUGAAAGUAACAUCCUUCAACAGCACCUGCGUUAGCCGACCCACAGUGUUGUCCAAGAGGGAAACACCUUGUGUGCCCACGGAUGUGAUGGUGACAAGAACCUGUGGGAAGAUUUCUGCAAAAGUAAAAUGGAACGAAAGCCGUGGCGCCCUGCACUACGAGGCAGCUGCGGUGGAUGAAGCCGGUCAACCCUUGCUGUGCUCGUCCAAUCAGACUUCAUGCACGUUGGAGGGCCUCGUGUGCAGCCAGGUUUACAGUGUAGGGGUGACCGCCACGGACGACACCUGCACCAGCAAUAAGAGCUCUGCUGUGAUACUACGGACAGUGCCCUGCCCUCCCGCUCAGCUCAACAUCUCUGUGAACUGUGCCAAUAACUCUGCCAUCUUAACCUGGAGCAGCAGCCCCAAUGCAGUGUCCUACACUGGCAAGGCAGUGAGCGCAGACGGAUACGUUGUGAACUGCGACGCAGGAAUGGAGCUUGGUUGCCAAAUGGAUGGUCUAGAUUGUGGCAUGGAGUACACCUUCACAGUGUCUGCCUCAGACGGCGAGUGUCAAAGUCCUGACAGCAAGCCGGUCAACAAAACAACCGCCCCAUGUGCUGUGGAGAGCGUGCUCAACACCCUGGACUGUAGCACCAACAAACUGACCAUCAGCUGGGCUCCGGCAGGCAUGGCGUUAAACUACAGCGCCACCGCCCUGGCCGGAGACGGAACUGCUCUUCACUGCAUAACAGAGGGUUCAAACUGCUGGAUGGAUUUACAGUGUGGGCAGCAGUACAAUGUGACUGUCAGAGCCAUCAGCAGCACGUGUGAAGGACAAAGCAGCGUCCCAGAAACAGUUAACUCUGUUCCUUGUGUACCUGUGAACGUCCAAGGCGUAGUGGAGUGCUCCACUAACAUGCUGCAGGUGUCCUGGGAUACAGCUGCCGGCGCAGAUUCCUACAGCGCCACAUUAAACGGAGCGGGAGGUUUCUCUUAUUGCGCUACAGCUGGGGAUAUCUGCGUCUUCCCUGAUCUGGAAUGCGCUCAGACAUAUACGUGUGGUGUUGUGGCCCUGAAUGACAGGUGUAACAGCUCUGAGAGCUCCAUAAUCUCAGCAACAACCGCUCCCUGUGACCCCACAGAUGUGGCAGCCCUUCUGCAUUGCAGCUCGGGCGUGGUGGAUGUGACCUGGUCUGACAGUUCCGGAGCAGAUAAAUACACUGUCCUUGCUGAAGCCAACGGACACACAGACUCCUGUGAGGCCAGCAGCUCUUCCUGUGAGCUGACCCAGGUGCAGUGUGGGGGGGACUACACUGUGACCGUGCUGGCAGGGGACGGGAAGUGCAACAGCUCCAUACACGCCAAAACCAACGUAACAACAGCCCCCUGUGCUCCAGAGAAAAUUGACUACUCCCUGGACUGUUACUCCAACAAUGCUACGGUCACCUGGGUUAAAGACGAGGAUGCCAUGAGCGUCACAGUCAACGCCACCUCCACCCAGGGACAGAGGACGUCCUGCAGCUCCACCAACAGCAGCUGUGUCCUGGAGCUGCUGCAGUGUGGACAAACCUACACCGUCCAGGCCGUCGCUCAAGGAGUCCAGUGUGCGAGCGAACCCAGUCCUUCUUUUCAGAUUGUCACAGCGCCCUGUACCCCUGCAAACGUGGAGUACACAUACUCUUGUGUUACUGGCAUCGUCUUCCUGAGCUGGGACGAGACUUUGGGAAGAAAGAGUUUCCACGCUGAAGUGUCUUCUGGAGACCACAUGGUGUCGUGCAGCACCACGCAGACCGACUGCUCCCUGACAUCGCUGCUCUGCGGACGCAUGUACGACGUGAACGUGAUCGCUGUGGCCGACCACUGCAACAGCAGCGUGCCAGGGGGAACUCAAAUACAGACAGCCCCCUGUGCUCCCAUGAAUGUCAGUUCCUCGCUGGUGUGUGACAACAACACGGCGGCGGUGAGCUGGCAGCUCAGCCCGGGUGCGGUUCACUACAAUGUGAAGGCAAUGGGAAGAGAUGGCGAUGCCAAAGAAUGCAACACUAACAGCACUAGUUGUCUCAUUCCCAACAUGCACUGCGCCCAGAUCUACCUGAUCACUGUGACCCCCUUCUCUGAUGACUGCCAGGGCAUGUACAGCUACCCACACACUUACCUUGCAGGCCCCUGCCCCCCCACCAGUGUUCAGGUGUUCCUGCAGUGUGUCGGUAACGUGGGCUUUGUGACCUGGACAGCUGCCCUACAAGCAGACCUGUACGUGGCCACAGCGGUACCCUCUACUGUGGGUGGGCACAACAACACCUGCACCUCCAACGGGACAAACUGCUCCCUCAUGGACCUCUACUGCGGCGAGACGGCCGUUGUCACCGUGGUUACCAUUGAGAGUGGCUGCAUGAGCGAGCCCAGUCUGCCUUUUACUUUCCAGUCAGUCAUCUGCCCACCCACCGGACUGAUGGGAUUGUCCACCUGCAGGAACAGUGACAUCAGAGUGGGCUGGGACCCAAGUCCAGAAAGUGGUGUUGAGUACUUACUCCACUCUCAGGAGGAUGACGGGGCCACUGCCAACUUCACCACAUCCAUGACAUCCCAUGUGCUCGCUGGGCUAAAGUGUGGCGAGCUGUACACCCUAAAGGUCGCUGCCACUGAUGAUGAGUGCACCAGCAUCUUCACCGAGCCUAUUCAAACUGAAACAGCUCCGUGUCCUCCCACCAACCUGACUGCCAGAGCCUACUGUGGCACCAGCUCUGUAACGCUGUCCUGGGCACCAAGUAUCCAUGCUAUCUCCUACAGCGCUACAGUGACCGGUCCCCAAGGCCAUGUAACUUCCUGUUCAUCCAACACAACAACCUGCUCAGUGAAGCUGGAUUGUGGACUCCAGUACAUAGCAGUUGUGUUUGCUUUCAGUGAGACGUGCAACAGCAGUCUGGGAGAAUCUCUAACCUUUGACUCUGCUAAGUGUCUGCCUGACAGUGUGAAAGCAGACCUGGACUGCACCGCCAACUCCUUCGCAGUGCAGUGGAGGGCGAGAGUUAGCGAUGUCGGUUCUUACACAGCGAUCGCCAUCGGCAGUGACGAUACCCGUGUAACCUGCGACUCCACCAGCACCAACUGCAGCAUCCAGAACCUAAACUGUGGCGUCACCUACAGCAUUGUCGUCACAACACCAUCAGUUAACUGUGGCACCAUCAGGGGCUCCGACUACAUAAUGCAAUCAGCCCCAUGUAAACCAGAUGGGGUGUUGGUGGAUCUGCAGUGCAGCACUGACAUGGCGGUGGUGACCUGGGAAAACUCCGGGCCAGACCAGAGCCAGACGGUGUCGGCAGUGGACAGCAGAGGGAUGACCUCCACCUGCAACUCCAGCAGCUCCAACUGCACCUUCGACCAGCUGAGCUGCGGGGAGAGCUACGUCAUCAAUGUGGUCGGCUACACAAACACAUGCAGCAGCGACCCAGCUGUUGCAAAAAGGCUCAACACAGCUCCUUGCAUUCCCACCCACGUUUUUGCACAGGUGGACUGUGGGACUGGGAUCACUGUGGUGAUGUGGGACUCAGCUCAAGGGGCCACAUCUUACACCGUCUAUGCUUGGGGAAACCUCGGCCACAAAGCUGAAUGUAACAGCACGGACACCAACUGUGAUUUCCCUAACCUGGUGUGCGGGCAGGACUACUCCAUCUCAGUGGUGGCUCGCCAUGAGUCCUGCGUCAGUUUGCUCAGCGAGUCCGUCAACGCCUCCACAGGUCCUUGUCCCCACAGCGGUCUGCAGGCGACCCUGGACUGUGACACCAACACCGCUGUGAUGUCGUGGACGCCAGGCAGCGGCAUCCUCUACUACAACGCCUCGGCCUCUAUCCUUGCCUUUAACGCGGUGGCCCCUCUGACCUGCUCCACCAACGGCUCCUCCUGCAACAUCAGCUCUCUGACCUGCGGACGGUCUUACAGGUUGAGAGUCAGCGGUCAGGGACAGAACUGCCCCAGUCCGGCCCAGGACUGGCUGCAAAUCAUCACAGCUCCCUGCCCUCCAACCAAUGUGAAAGUGAACUCUUCCUGUGAAUCGAACAACAUCUCGGUGUGGUGGCAGGCCUCAGAGGGCUCUGUGUCCUACACAGCCGUGGCCGAAGACCAACAGGGCCGCAGCUGGUCCUGUAACACCAGCAGCACCAGCUGCCAGAUCUCUGGUCUGCCCUGUGGACAGCAGUACCACGUUUAUGUUGCUGGUGUUGACGAAAAAUGCAUUGGAGCCAAGAGUGAUGUUAAAGUGAUUCAUACGGCUCCCUGUGUGCCACAGAACGUACAGAACGACCUGGACUGUCUGUCCGGCGUCUUAAAUGUUACCUGGCAGUCGACGGGUGACGUUUCUCAGUUCCGCGCCUCCGUGGUCAGCAGCAUAGGACACGUCAGCACCUGCCAGACGGUUAAGCAUCACUGCGUAGUGCCCAACAUGCUCUGCGAUCUGACCUACAACCUGACAGUGGUGGCUCAAGAUGAGGCUUGCAACAGUUCCCAUAGCCCCACACAGCAGGUCCUUACAGCUCCGUGUCCUCUCCUGAACUUCCUCCCCGCUGUAAACUGUUCCACCGGCGUUGUAUCUGUAACCUGGAACAACAACAUGUCAGGGGUUGUGUACACGGUGACGGCAGUUGAUGCUGCAGGUCAACGGCAAAACUGCAGCGGGUCAAUCGGCUGUGAUCUCACCACGCUGCAGUGUGGGACGGACUACAACGUCACCAUCACACCCUCCAGGGACGGAUGUGUGGGCAGAGACAGCCCCACAAAGAUGAUCAAGACAGUCCCCUGUGCGCCUCACCUGUCUGAAGUGGAGAUCGACUGCCUGGCAAACUCUGCCUGGGUGAUGUUUGAGGAGUCUGCUGGGGCUGAGGCGUACGUCAUCAUCGCUACCGACAGCCAGGGCUACGAAGAGACUUUUGAGUGUAACUCGACGUCAAAGGGAAUGUGUUCGUUGCCGUCGCUGAUGUGCAGCAAAAACCUCACCUUCACCCUCGAGGCCCGCGACCAGCAGUGCCCCAGUGCACAAAGCAAUGCUGUCAUAACUGAGACAGCUCCCUGUCCUCCUUUGGACAUUAACACGUCAGUGGAUUGCAACACUGGCACAUUCGGCAUCGACUGGAUGGCCAUUCCUGGUGCGGUAACAUACACGGCUACGCUGGAACAGAUGAACGAUGGCACCACCUACUGCUGCACCACGCAAAACCACAGCUGUAACAUCACCGAUCUUCCGUGUGGAGAAAUGUUUAUUUUGCUCGUCGUAGCUGAGGGACGAACAUGCAACAGCACCCAGAGCGAAAGGAAGAUCGUCAGGACAGAGCCAUGCAUUCCUCAGAACCUGAAAUCCAGACUGAGCUGCAGCAACAACGUGGCCUCCAUGUCGUGGAACUACAGCAGGGGAGGACAGGUUUACAGAGUGAGUGCCGUGAGUACCGAUGGACAUGUCGACAAGUGCAGCUCCUUCGAAAACCAGUGUGAUCUGACGGGUCUGAGCUGUGGAGAGUAUUACACAGCGACUGUGCUGGCAGAGGACCAGGACUGCCUGAGCAAACUGAGCGACAGCGUGACAAUCAAGAGUGGUAUGUUUAAGCUAUAA